GACUUUAUGUCAACAUUUAUGUUCGUUCUUGUUCGCUCGGUGUGUUAAUAUUAUAAUAAUUCUUAAUUCUGUGUUGGAAACUAUAUUUCUUUAUUUAAUUUUGAGACUAAAUACUUAAUAAAAUCAAUGUUUUUAUUGAGUUGCAAUAAAUAUUCAAAACAAUGCUUAUGUGUGCCUAUUAGGCAUUUGCAAAUCCAAAAUGUCUGAACAAAUUGAAUUGGCCGAUACUAUAUGUACAACAGAAGAUGCGUUUGAAAGCUUUCAGGCAAAUGUUGCUUAUGAAGAAGAAGAGUAUAUAACAUUGUCUGACUUAGCUUCCCCGUCUGAUAAUACAGAUGCGAAACUACCGGAGGUGACACUCGAAUCAAUUUGCGAUGAGAAUGGUCCCUGUGGGUCAGACUUACCGAAUAUUAAUGAAACAGCUAUAGAAAACUCAAAUGAAAAAAUUGAUGAUAAUGUAGAACAAUGUCUAAAUAAUGAUUCAAGUGAGCAUAAUAUUUUAAUUGAGAACAAUGGUGAAAUAUCUGAUUCUGUUAACAAUAGUAUUGAAACUAGUAAUAAAACUACGACUAUAAACCAAAUACCUGCACAAAAUGAAAUAGUCCCGAAAACGCCAACACGUGGUAGACCCAUAAAGCCAAAACGUGGUAGACCCAGAAGAGAAGCUGUAAAAAAUAUAAAAGAUGUAAAUUGUACAACUUCUGUAACAGGUAGGAGAGGUAGGAGAAACAUUACAGAGACCAAUACCAACCGUGCAAUAAGUUCAAAUAGCAUAGAAAAUAUGGAAAAUGUUCAAAUUGUUUCUUCCACAAUAAAUGAUUCACUCCUUAAUGGCACUCUGCGAAAGAGAGGAAGAAAUAAAAAAGUCUCAAAUGAACUUAUUGAACAGGAAAGUAUGACAAAUGUUCAUUUAGGAAUUGAUGAAUCAACAAAAAACACAUCUAAAGGUAAGUUAAAAGGUGUAAGUAAAAAAAAGAAAAAAAAUGAUACGGAAUCUGAAAAAAUUGAUUCUGAAGCCACAAUUCAAUCUGUAGAGGAUACAGUUAAUUCUGGAGAUAAUAUUGCUGACAGUAAAAAAGAUUUGACUGAAUGUAAACUGCAGAAUGAUGCAAUAGAUUCCAGUUCUCUUUUAGUAGAAAUGAAAAAUGAUAAUUACCUUGAUGAUGAAACAGAUGAUAUCUGCUUAAGUCAACUAAAAUCUACAUGUGAACUAAAACCAGAUAACGAUACAAACAUGAAUAUAGAAAUCAAAGUACAUGAAAAUGAAGAGCGUGAUCUGAUACUUGGUGAAAAUGAAUCUAAAAUAACAAAAAGAAUACCAAAAAAGCCUGCACUGGAAGAUUUUGAAUAUAAUAUUGAUACUAUAGUCACUGAUGUAAGUAAACCUGCUAUGGAUACAGAUAACAUUGAGGUAAAUGUUGACGUCAAACAAAAUGAAACAGAAAAUAACGAAACAGAAUUAGAAGCCCUUGACACCUCGAAACGACCUGUGCGCAGACGAACGAAGCAGGUUUUCAAAUAUGAUGAAGAAUCUGAUGAAGACCCUUUUGCGAAUGUAGAGUUGUCUGAUGACGAACCUCGUAGAAGAAAAAAGGGGAAAUACACUUAUUCUGAUGAUGAAUAUGUGCCAGGAAUGAAAUAUGAUUCGCCAGAAUCAUCUUUAGAUUCUGACAUGGAAAUAAAAGAAUUUGAUGAUGACAAGAGACAGAAAAAAGGGAGAGUUAAAAAGUUUGAUAGAAUUGAUAAAAGCAAAAGUCCUAAAAAAAGGGGCAAUAGAAAUGUAUCUUCCCUGGGAAAUAAAAGCAAAACAGAUAUUGCUUCAGAGAUGUCAAACAAUUCAAAAACUGAGUCUGAAAUCCUGGAUGUUGAUAUUGAUAUUGAAGAUAGUUUAAAAAGCUCUGUAUUAUUUAAAGAUACAUCAAAUAACUGGGAAUCCACCUCUAACAUAUCAGACUAUCUUGCGAAGAAAAUUCAAGGCACCGAUAUAAAGAUUAUAAAGUCCAAACCAUCAGCAAGCCCAGUAACAAAAUUUGAAAUACCAGUUAUAAAUCAAAAUGAACCCAAGAAGACAAAAGAAAGUGAUACACAGACAACAUCCAUAGUAAAUAUAUCCAAAACUACACAAACAGAUUCACAACAAGUCCUGCCUAUGAAAAAACAAGUAAAUCUGUCAUCUGAUCAAUCAGAAAAAGCAUGUGAAUUUUUAAAGAAUAUUGUUGAAACAACAGCAGAGUUAGGUGAGCUUAUGACACAGAAAUCUCGUGAUUUUAUUGAGAAGAAAAUUAAUACCAUCAAUGUCACAGAUACAUUAAAAAUGGAUUACUGUGUUAAAAAAUCAUUUCUUUUGUUUAAACUUGCCAAACACAAUUUAAUGCAAAUGGAAAACGAAUUGGAGACAAAAUAUGAGGAAUUUUUACGAACAAAUAAUCUAUUGCAAUAUAGAGAACAGCAGAAAACUAUCACGCCAAAAACCAAAGAUGAUAGUGAUUGUGAAAUUGUGGAAGAAAUAACUCCUACUAAACCAGAAAUAAAACCAAAAUUUAAUCCUAAAACUGUUUUCCUCAACAAGGAGCUGUCAAUUAAAAUUGCAAAAACUCCCAAAUCAUCCCCAAAGCCAGCAGCAACAGACAAGCAUAAUAUGAAAGGAAGACAUACUGUUUGGCUUAAUGAAUCGGUAAUGGUAAAGAAAGUGCAACCUACGCAGUCUUUUUUAGCCCAGGACAGCCGAAAUAAAAAACCCCCUGAUUUUGUUACUUUAGAUAUGGUAAAAAACUUUUUUGACAAUUACUACAGGCAUGAAAAAAUUUUGUCUAUCUGUCGCCCUUAUACAUCAAUGGAAUGGCUCUCCAUUAACCAAAACUAUGUAUGCAAUUAUUUUGUUAAGGAUGCUUCUGAUCAUGAAAAUGAGGUAAAUGACGACAUGUUUACCUUGAAUGCGAGUAAUGUAGAUACUACAAGUAGUGAUUUUGUUGUAAAAAUCAAAGCUUCAACUAGUAAUGAAUCAAUAACUCCAAAACGUUUAUUGACAAUAUGUACGGAGUCAAUACAAAAGCAUUUGCAUAUUUUAAAACAAAAUGUUCAAUCAAAGAUUGUUUGUGAUGAAGGAGAAAAUUCUAUAGUUAACCCACAUAUUGAUAUGUGUCAUGAAAGUUUAUACAAACAAAAUGACAAAAAUGGUAACAUAAUAUAUAGAAGAACCGAUACACCUGAAAAGACUGUUAAAUCUCUGAAAGCAAUAUGUAUUUUAAAAAUAAACACAUUAUUGAGAAAGGAACAUUUAGAAACUCAAUCCGUAUUAACCAGUACUAAUAAAAUAUUGCAUAAGUCUGAAUAUAAAGAAUUAUUUCUUCAUAAAAAGGAUAUAUUUCAAGUUAGAUCUUUGUCCUUGUUGUGCUUUAAAGUUCUACAAAGAUAUUUUCUACCAGUGGUGAAAGAAAUUCCCCUGUACUCUGUAACUUCUUUAAGCUCACUUGCAAUAAAGACAAUAAAUGCAAAAUUGACUCAAAAAUCUCUCAAUGAUUGUGAAUAUAAUGAAACUCAAAAAAAUGUACAAGGAGCUUAUCCACUAGAUUCCAUGGCUUUAACAAUUAAUUGUGUGAGUUCAAUAACAAAAGAAGAAGACUAUUCAAAUUUUCAAACACCUCAGUUUGAUUCUGCUCACUCAAUCCAUGAUUAUAAUGAAGAUGAUGAUAGUUUUGAUAACGAGGAGGACACACAUUUUAAUAAUGAAGACAACUUACCAUUUGGUAAUGAAGAUGACACAAACAAUCAAGACUUUAAUCCAGAUGCAGAUUUUAUACAGCAACCAGGCACAGAAGACUCUAAUUGGGUUUCUAUGGUUCAAAUGCAAGAGUUACGUUCUUGCUUAAUUCCAUCCAUAGUUACCAGUGAUAAGGAUUCACCGGAAACAGAUAAUCAAAUUGUUUCUUCUGAAGAAUGUUCAUUUGCGCAAAUAAAAAUUGAGCCGGAGGAACCUGAGCCUGAUAUAAAUGUGAUGAACGUUAAGGCAGAACCACAAGAAGAGGAGGAGAUGCAACUUCCGGUAGCGCAUGUCGUGACUAAGGAAGAGCAUAUAGAAGAAAUAACACAAGCUCUUGAUGAACCUACACCACAGUUAUCAAGACAGAGUAGUAAAACAUAUAGCGAAGAUCUGUUUGAGUCUUUUGUUAGCACAAACAAAAUAAUUAAAGACAUAUCUACAACAUAUAUGUUAAACAAUGAUGAAAUUUACAGUCAAAGCUCACAGCGUAUUAGACGUCAAUAUGAACCUGAUUCUGAUGGGGAAAAAGAUACCUUUGAUGAUGAUAUGGGUUUGCUUGUUCCACAAAGCAUUGAAGUUGCAAAAGACCAACUCAUGGAAAAUAGCUCAGAUGAAGAUAGCAACAAAAAACAAGUUAAAAAGAAACCUACGAAAACCUUGAAAUCAAAAAAGAAUUCAAAAGAGGUUGUUAAGGAUAAAUUUCCUGUGGUUGGAAAUGAUGUUGCUGUCCUGACAAGAAGAAUGAAAGAAAAAAUUCGACAACUUGAGAAGAAAAAUGAUUCUUCUGAUUCAGAGACAGAAAAUAUUCCAUUACAAGCGAGGCGUGCAAAGCCUCAAGUAAGUGAAAAAUCAAAGGAUACGGAGGAGAAGGUCCAAGAAAUAAUAAAGAUUCCUGUGCAGUGCAGUGAAGUAGACUCAACCGAGCAUAUUUCAUCUGAAACUAGUAAUCAGUCAAGUAUUGCCAAUACAAGGAAUUCAAAGAAGCUUAAAAAACCACAAGUAUCGCAAAAUCAAGCAAAGGAACAAUUGAGUCCAGAUGUGGAUCUGAAUGUUCCAUCUGAACUAUUAGAAUGUGAACCAGAUAUAGCUGUUAAAGAUGAACCAAUUAAAAAUGUUACAAAUAAAGAUUCAAUAGAAACAAAUACUGAAAAGGAUUUAUCAAAACAUUGUGAUAAGAUUGAUGAAACAGAGUACAUAGAUAGAUAUGGCUGGAAAUGUUACUGUAUCAAUCCCAGCGAUCCUAAGAUAUAUGAAAAUGCGUCGGUUGUAUUAGAGAAACUUCCUGAAUCCUUUGUAGAUACUUAUUUGAGGUUUCAGGAUAUUGAGGACGGUAGUGAUGAUGAUAAUAAUGAUGCAGAAGUAAAUAGGUUAACAAAUUUGGCUUCAUUGGCUAGACCUUCAACAAAGGAUAAAACUCGUGUGAAGCACAAUGACAAAAAUACAAAUAAAGCUCCUAAAUUAGGAGUGGAUAAUGGUUCAAGCCCCAAAGAUAUUAAUAAAGAUGAUCAGUGUGCAGAACUAACACCAUCUGAAGAUGAAGAUGAUGGCCGUGAUUAUGAUGACAUACCUCAAGAAGCCCCCCGAGAUCCUGAAAAUUCUAUGGCAAAGAAUUUGCUAAUGAACGAUAAUGAAAGUGAUUCAGAACAAACUGAAAAAUUCGAUGAGAAUAUUAAAAUAAAACAAGAACCUGGUACUGAAGAAGCUUCUCCUUUAAAAGUGAAAUCUGGUCCUAAAUCAAAGACUAAAGACGUUAAACCAACAAGUGGAGAUUCUGUAAUGUUAACUGCUGAUAUUAUGAUGAAUUCAGAACUGAAACUACUUAACACGCCAGUUGUUAUGAAAGAAGAACCUUCCCCUGAAACUAAAUGUACGGAAACUAAAGAUCUGCUGAAACCUAUAAAGAUGACUACUAGAGGUGCUAAAAAACAAAAACUGAGACAUAAAACAGAGUUGUCGAAAGAAGAUGAAUCCUCGUCAGAAGAAGAGAAGCAAUGGGUUUUUACUAAAGAGAAAUUACUCAAACGAAUCGAAAAGAAACAUGACACUGCUAUCGAUGACGAAGCGAAAGGUGCUAAAAGAGUUAGUGAGUUUAUUGAAAAGCGAGGAGAGGCGUCAGAACAUCAAUCGUCGAAGUCUAGAUCAAGCAGAGGAAAGCGAUCGAAAAUGAAAGCGCUAGAACGACGAAAACAAAUGAAUAUUCUAGCUAGAGAACUCUUCGGUGAACAACUGUCUUCAAGAAAGUGUUCCCAAAAUUAUAGCAAGGGACGUCGUAAUAUUAGAAAGGUUCUUAAUAAACAAAAUCUUAACCAUUCAACCAUAAUUGCAAAUAAGGAAGAAUUUGACAGAAAACGAAGACUGAACAACAGACAGGCACAAUUGAGAGAACAUCUCGGAUGCGAAGAAGGUGUUAACGUUGUGGUGAUAAACGACGAACUGUGUUUGGAAUAUGAUUUCGAGAACAAUCUACCUGUUGCUGGUGUUCACAAGUUCUUCACGCAAGUUAUGAAAGCGCAUCAGUACGAAGGAGUCAAGUUCAUGUGGGACGCGUGCUUCGAGAGCGUGUCCCGCGUGGCCAGCGGCGACCCGGGCGGCGGCUGCAUAUUGGCGCACUGCAUGGGGCUGGGCAAGACGCUGCAAGUGCUGGCUCUGCUGCACACGGUUUUAACUCAUCCCAUGCUAAAUAUGAAGCGUGUACUCGUAUGCUGUCCUCUUUCCACUGUAUUGAAUUGGGUCGACGAGAUCCAUAAAUGGAUUGAUCCAGUUACAGACAAAAUUAAGACAUUCGAGCUAUCAAAACUGAAGCGUACUUACGAGCGCGCUUACCAGCUAGAAGACUGGUAUAACAAUGGUGGGAUAUUCAUCAUCGGUUACGAAUUAUUCCGGAGUCUUACAACCCUUGACUCUGAAAUAGAUCAAGUGAGACCAACCUAUAUAAAGAAGAUACGAACUGCUCUGCUCGAUCCUGGACCAGAUAUAAUUGUAUGUGAUGAAGGACAUUUGCUAAAGAACGAUUGCUCUGUGCUAGCAGUGGCUAUGAGUAGGGUCAGCACGAAGAGAAGAAUUGUGCUGACUGGAACUCCGAUGCAGAAUAAUUUGAGGGAAUACUAUUGUAUGGUUAACUUUGUUAAGCCCAGCUUAUUGGGGACUUACGCGGAAUAUUCUAAUAGAUUUGAAAACCCCAUCAUGAACGGGCAGCACAGAGAUUCAAGAGAAGACGAUAUAAUUCUCAUGAAGACGCGUACACACAUCCUCCACAAAGUUCUAGAAGGUUGCUUGCAACGUCAAGAGGCAUCUGUCCUCUAUCCAUAUUUACCAAAGAAAUACGAAUACACCGUGUUCAUUCCAUUAACACAAUGCCAAAAAGAUCUGUACACACAUUACCUGAAUGGCUCUGCGACAAAAAAAGGCAAGCAAUUGGUCCUAAAGGAUUUCCAUAUAUUGCAAAAGAUAUGGACACACCCACUAGUGCUACAUAAUUUUCAGACAAGAGCGCGAGAUGCUGAAAAUAAGAAAAUCAAAGCAGAAAAAAUAGAAGACGAUCUAGCGCAAGAGGACAUAGCGGCAUCAGAGGAUGUGAAGCCGACACCAUCAGAUGUAUGGUGGUUACCGUACCUCGAGGGCGGGAACAUGCUACAUGCUCUAGAGAGUUCGAAUAAGUUCCACGUUGUGUUCCAGCUGCUGGAUGAGUGUGUGGCGCUUGGGGAUAAGGUGUUAAUUUUCUCCACAUCGCUCUAUACGAUGGACGCGUUGGAACACUUUCUGCGCAACAUCAACAACUGGAGUCUCGGCCAGGAGUACUAUCGGCUCGACGGUUCAGUGCCGGCGGAUGUGCGGCAGAAGUGGUGUCGUGAGUUCAACGCAGAGAAUAAUGUUAAGACCAAGUUAUUCCUAGUAUCAACCCGCGCAGGCUGUCUAGGCCUAAACAUGACGGCAGCCAACCGCGUCAUCAUACUCGACACCUCGUGGAACCCCGCGCACGAUAUUCAGAGCAUAUUCCGGGUGUAUCGCUUCGGACAGAAGAAGGACUGUUUUAUAUAUCGACUUGUUGCUAUGGGCACAAUGGAACAGAAGAUCUACGAGCGUUCCGUCACGAAGCAGGCGGUGGCGUGUCGCGUGGUUGACGAGCAGCAGAUAGACAGACAUUUCAACUCGGCCGAUCUUACUGAGCUUUACAGCUGGGACGAGGAGGGGUGGGGCGUGGCGGAGGGCGUGGCGGCCGGCGUGCGCGACGCGGCGCUGCUGCGCGUGGCGGCGCGCGGCGCGCUGCACGCCGUGCGCGAGCACGACUCGCUGCUGCGCGGCUCCGAGCCGGCGCUGCCGGAGCACGAGCGCGCCGCCGCCUGGCAGCAGUUCCAGCUGGAGCACGUGCACCCCGCCAAUCCUUCAGCGAUGACUACAAAAAAAGAAAAAUCUGCUCUUGAAGAUAAAGCUUCCACGAGCAGUGAUUUUGCUAGUACCUCGACAACUAGCAGCAAGGUUAAAAAAGGAAAAAAUAAUCAGACGACAAAAGAAAAAGCAUCUUUGCCAACAGAAGAGGGAACUGAUAAAGAAGAAAUGCUAGUCAAAAAAAUAAUGCAAAUACUAAUCGAGAAUAAUUUCCAUGAAACUAUUCAAGCUGAAGAACUGACAAAUCUCAUUGUUAAUGUAAGACGGCUUGUUAGUUCUCGUAUGGGUGACAAUGGGCUCCUCAAAGAUCCUAUUGCAGCCGGUAUCGCAUCUGUAUUGUUGCAAGACGAUGCGGAAUCAGGAUAUACUGUUCCCGAUGAACAGAUAGUUGAAGAUACUGCGCCUAUUCCUGUUGAAGAUACUGCGCCUAUUCCAGUUAAAGAACCUCAGCUAUUAGAGAGAAGAAAACGUUCAAAGAAAAUGAUAGUUAACGUUGAAAGCGACUCUAGUGAACACACAGAUGACGCCGAAAAUAUUUACGAUGACAACGAUGUCGAAUGGAAUUCUGACAUUGGCACGAAAACUACUAAAGCGCUCGAAAAAAAGAGUAAGAUGAGUGACAUGAGCACGAAACCCAUUAAAUCAUAUGAAAAAAAAAGUAAAGUAAAGAAAGAACAGGAAGAAAAAGUCCAAAACAAUAAAUUCGAAAAUGUUAAACGCAUGCAGUUCCGAAAUGUCAAAAACCAUGACGUAAAGGAAGAUGUUCAAGUAGCCACCUCAAAAAGUUUCAGACAAUCAGACAGUAUCCUCAUAAGUGAUGAGGACGACGAUGAACCGAUUUCGAAGCCUCCGCCACUCGUUGCGAUUACUAAAAAUCAAAAAAUAAAAGAAAAAGCGAUAGAGAAACAAAACGUUCCAGACAAGAGGGAAGAAAAGAAAGUUGAGGAGGAAAGAGUUCCAUUGCACCCUUUCAUUCUGUCGAACGAUAAUUUCAUUAAGAUUGUAGCGCACAUGUAUCAGAGAGGUAACUCGAUGUUGUCUGAUGACGCAGCCAAGAUGGCGGCCCAGUACAGCACUAAUAAGGCGCGCAGUGAAUACGAGGCGACCGGCGUUCCCAUUGUUAGCGGACCAUUAUAUGAAAUUGCUGUUGAGAGCUUAGGAUUGGAUCAACUCAAGAGAAUGCACGAAUCCAUUAAAACGCAGUUUGACAAGCCACCACAGCCGUCAAUAACUAUAACAACCAAAAAUAAUGAUGACGUACACGUGGUUGAGGCGGUUGUCGAGAAGAAAGCGAAAAAGAAGACAUUUGUUGGACCAAAGUCUAGGAAGAGAUUGGUUGAGCCCUCACCAUCCCCUCCGCCAAUUGUGGAAAUAAAUGAAGCGAUCGUCCCCGAACCAAUACCACAGAACGUGUUUCCUGUGGGAAUGUUCAAAGGCCCCGUAGAAGUAGCCAAACCUCAGCCACCACAGGUGGUGGAAGAAUGUAUUCUACCAGAUGACGAUGAAGAGGACGUCGUCAUAAGCUCUGUAGUUCACACACCAGCCAGAAUCCUAACUCCACCAGCAAACAACGAGACAGCAUCUCGAGCACUAUCUCGAAAAAAUAGCUUCUUUAUCGACAAUACAUUACCCAGCCAAACUCUCUUAACUGAUACAAUACCCAAACAAAUUACCCCAAAUCUUCCAACGCAGUCAAAAGCACCUCAUAAACAAAUCAAGCCAGUUACUACAAAGCAGACAAAAACACCACCUAAACAAAUUACGCAAAAUGUUGCAACGCCGUCGAAACCACCUCAUAUACAAAUUACUCCAAAUCUUGCAACACAAUCUGCACCCACCAGUGUCCGAGUUCUAACGAUCGACAAAGGUACACCGAUAAAUCCACAAUCGACACCAGCAGCAAAUAUACCAUCACAAGUGACAGCUGGUAAUGAACCAAUAUGUCUCUCUGAUAGCGACGAUGAAAUAGUGCCUCAUCCAGUUGGAAUUAACAAUCCAUCAAGAAGUUUAGAACCUGUCACUGUAAAUCAACCUCCUCCGAUAAAACCAACGAAAGGUGCACCUAUAAUUGUACAGUCUGUUAGCUUUAAAGGCGGCACACCAUUUGUUCUUUCAGAUAAAGUGAAAAAGAUGUUAGAUCCUAAUAAAAAGUAUUAUUGCAUACCAGCUUCGUCUUUAAUGACUAAAGACGGCUCGAAUCCUGUGUCGGAUUCGUCUUUAUCCUUAGACGGUCAAAAUAGAGUCAAUAAUACUUCGAAACCAUCGAUAGUGAUAACGAGUCGCGGUCAAAUUCGAGUAAAUGGGGUUCCACAAUCUCAGAGCAAUAGCGAAGUCCCCCCUCAUGUCGUCAUUUCUCCUUCCACCCCGACUAAAGACAGCGGGUCCCACGAUCAGUAUACCAAAAAAGACAUUUCCAAGAAAUCAGGAAAAAUCGAAGUAACAGCCACUCAAGUAUACUCUGCAAAUGAUUUAAAGAGUCUGCCAACAAAGACUGCAACUAAUAAAAUUUUAGCGAAUGCCCAAAAUCAAACUAUGAGCCAACCUAGUACUUCGAAUAUAUAUAGUAGAAAUUCAAGCCAGCCAAACAUGGUUCCACAAGCUAUUCAUAGAAAAAGAUCUCCAAGUCCACCGACUGACCACAUGCAGCUCUUCAAAGACGUCGUCCAGAUUCAAGCGGAAUCGUAUAAAGAAUUACCAAACGUGCAAAUUACGAAAACUAAGGCUAAACCCAACGUUAUAAAAAUAUUGAAAGAUGAUUUGCCCAAGCCCAAAAGUGUCGCAAAUACGAGCAGAGAUCGUCCCGUGAUGAUAUCCAAACCAUUAUCCACAAUCCAGAGAAAAGGUUCGCCUGCCAAUAAUAAAUUGGUGAUCUUAAAAAAAAUUGAAAAUACAAAACAUGACAAUAUUUUUAAACCUAGUUCAAGUCCAAAAGUGAUUAACGUGGAAAGAGCGGCGGCGAAGAAGUUGACGGCCAGCUCCUUUAUUGAUCUCACAGAUAUCCCAGAGAGAACGCCCAAAGUGGAAAAACGACCCGCGCCAUACGUUGACAAAUCUGCGAAGAAACAGAAAAAACUUCUGACGCUGGCGGACUUCAGUUUAGAUGAUAUUGAUGAUAUAACGGAAUUAGAAUAGAUGUAAAGAAUAUUAUGAUUAUUAUUUUAGUGUAACUUCUAUCAAUAAGAUAUUUUUUUGCUUUUUUUUCAGUACAGUUUAUGUUUCCUCAUUUGUGAUAAAAAUAUGUUAAUAGUUUAAGGACAGGCGGCAUUCGCGCCAGUUAAGUGUAAAGUAAUUAAGAAAAGGUAUUGAUGUCAUAGUUUUUAAGUGUUUUAUUAGCUCUUACAAUAAGAUUUAUGUUUAUGUUUGUCGAAAAGAAUCCAGGUUUAUUUUAUAUAUAAAAAAAGAGAUUUACAAUUACUGUCGAACGAAAAAUAUUUCAUUCUUUUGACUACAAUGUACUAUUGUAAUGCAUGGAAAUAUUCGUGGUUUAAUAAAUGUAUAACGAUAUA